AUGUACGCCAAAUCUCUAGCCUUGGCCUCGGCCGUUGCUAUGGCUGCCUCUGUCAUCGCUGCCCAGCCAGAACAUCCACGCAUCUACUUUCCAAGGGAGAUUAAGCGAGAGUAUCACAACUCCACCAUCACGAGUAAGGCUUCGUCAUCCACGCCUUAUGUCACGACGACUACGACAACGUCUUCGUCUUCGACUAGGCGGGAUUUGUUGAGCGACCUUGUCUCCGAGAUUCUUGGUUCAGAUCAACCACAAAAGUCGAGCACGACAGAGAAACCCCCUGGCACCACAGUCACUGUUGACAGCACCGUUACCCCAGGCGGCCCGUCAUCCGGAUCCGGUUUGCCCAAGGAGACCAUCUUGCCUACUUCAAAGAUUAAUGAGUCUAAAACAAGUUCGAGCACGCGUGCAAGAUCCUCGACCGAGCCUGGUAUUGUCAUCGGUCCCACGGGGAUUGUGUCGUCCACGAGCGAGCCUAAGACGACUGUUGAGCCUCCGAAGACGACAUCUGUCGAAGCCCCUGUUAGCAACAACACCGUACCGGAAACCAACCCUUCUACACCCGCUACUGUGAAGGAGCCUAUUCCAACGGGCGAGCCACCUAAGACAACCUCUGUCGACCCACCUGUCACCAACAACACCGUACCGGAAACCAACCCUUCUACACCCGCUACUGUGAAGGAGCCUAUUCCAACGGGCGAGCCACCUAAGACAACUGUCGACCCACCUGUCACCAACAACACUGUACCGGAAACCAAGCCUACCACGCCUACUACCGUGGACGUGCCCACAAAGACGGGCGAGCCUGCCACCAAGUCUACUUCUGUUGAUACGCCUAUUGGGAACAACACCGUGUCGGACACGACCCCGACGACCACAAGCGGUGGCAUAUUGGAUCCUGUCGGUACACUGCUUAGCAGCCUUUUGCCUGGCUCAAGCACGAGCGCGAGCACGAACACGAACUCAUCUGAGCCAACUGGCACUUCAAAGUCGAGCACAAGCACGAGCUCUCCUGAGCAGCCUAUCCCGCAGAACUCUACAACGCAAGCUGCCCCGACCACAGAGCCCUCCACAGGCCUUCUGCCUUCUUUGACCUCCUUGCUUCCUCUUCCAAGUUCAACGACGACUACCUCAGGCUCUGGAUCGCUCCCCAACGCGACUUCGACUGAGGUCCCUGUAACCGCCAGCACGUCAUCGUCCGGUUCCAUUAUCACGAACCUUCCAACUGCAACCACAACGGACGUUCCCAUCGGCAACAGCACUUCGACCAGCGCCGGAACUGUCUCUAAUGCUCCCACUGCGACUGAUGUUCCUAUUACCAAUGCAACCACUUCUGAGCUCCCUACAGGCACCGCUACGUCACUGCCGAUAACGCCAACUUCGGUACCGAAUGGCAACUCAACCGUGGUUGUGGGCCCGACGACGACUUCCAAUAUCGGUACAGUUGUUCCUACAACAAAGUCUGAUUCCACAACUACUGUCGUACCAUCGACGACCAGCGAAGUGGAGGUAACAAGCAUUCGACCUACUGCCACAUUUCCAAGCACAGACAACUGGCUUCCGACCACUGUUAUUAUCGAACCCACGACUUUCUCGUUCUCAACGCCUACAUCGAACCCGACUGAAACCUCAUUGCAGCCUCUGCCCACCACGGUACCCAAAGUCAUUAAGCCAGAUACUGAUGGUGGUAAAGACGUGCCUGCACCCGAGGGGAGCGUUCCUAUUCAUAUUGGCUUCAAGUUCGCUCUCCACUACCUCUUUGUUGCUAAUGAUCCCAAUGCCGCCUCUCAGAUCUUCAGGUACUUGCCACAGGUUCUCUCUAAUGCUAGCGGGAUUCCCCCUGAACAGCUGCCUGUCACGGAGCUGGUUCCUUACAACACUCUGGCCACGAGAGGCUGGGUCAUGACCAUUGCCAAGCUGAACUACCCAAAGACUCUGCUUCCAGCUCUAGAAGUCAACUUGAAAACACCCUCCUCACUAAUCUACCAAAAUCGCGAACCAGUUCUAGCUCAAUUUGCAAGCUACAUCGAUUCCACAAUUUCUCCCACUGGUGACCUCAAUGAUGGUUCCUCAACUGGUAAUGGGGGAUCUGGCUCAGCUGUGGCUGUUGGAGUAGAGCGCUAUUUCCGUCUGACGCAUUGGACAGGUGGAGGAUGCUUCGUUUGCGCUACUAUUAUGUACUAUUUACUAGUUGCUUACUUGCCUUGUCUGUGUUGUCACUCGCAACAAACACAGCAAAAGGAAUCACUGUUCGAAUCUAUGGUGGGAAUCAGCCAAUCGCGGAUCCCGAGUCCCUGGUCGAGUGCUCCAUCGUGGCGCCCAGGUCUACCUAGCUUCAGGAACAAGGAGAUGAACUCCAUUUCGGGCGGGGAACAGAACUUGUUUCUCAUUCUCGGGAUACAUUGGUUGGCAGGGGACCACUAUGAGCGGACGGGGUUGAGAUCUAAUGUCGUCAAGCUCGUCGUCAGGACAGGCAUGUGUCGCACCAAGGAAGAAGCCUCGGAACUCUCGACAUGGCUGAACAGCCCAGCAGUCCCGGCAGUAAGGACCUGGCACCAGCUGAGAAAGCACGGAGUAUUGCAAGGAGUACCUACCUAG